AUGCAGAGACGAAUUUGCAGUAUUGAAAUUGCAGAAAUGACUCUAGAAUUUACAUUUUUUAAUUCUAAAUUUUAUAUGGCUUAUUUCUAUAGCUUACAUAAUAUUUACUGACUAGUGAAAUGAUAUUAUACCUCAUCAUCAUUAUUCAAUUUUUUUAUAAUUAUUAAUAUCAUGGGUGCUGGCUGCACAAAUAUAUCACGUCCGAAGGAAAAGAAAGUACAAAAUAAUUCUUCUGCCCCUCCUAAGUCAGAAGUAGAGGCGGCUCUUGACCGUUUAGCAAAAAAUACAUCAAGCCAAAACGCAGAAACUCACGAGUAUCAAGUUCACCCACUUCAAAAAAUUUUUGACACUAAAGAAUGCGAAAUGAAUCGAAAGUUGAUCGGCCUUUAUACAAAGGCAAUUUAUGAGCAGAAGCUCAACGUUGAUCAAAUUAACCUGAGUUUUUCAAAUUUGGGAAUCACCGGAGCUCAGCAUUUAUGCCACUUAUUACCAUUUGCUGGAAAAGUCAAAAUCUUAAAGCUUUGGAAAACUCAGCUUGGGGCUGCUGGAAUAAAACUUUUGGCUCCUGCUUUGCCUUUGCUCAAGAAUCUCAUGAUUCUUUCGCUAGAAGACAAUGCAAUUAAGACUGAAGGGUGUUGCUACUUAGCUCAAGCUUUAUACGAGAUGAACUCACUUGAAGAGCUGUGGCUUCAUAUAAAUGCAAUUGGCCCUGAAGGCGUUGCAUUUAUAGGAAAAGCUUUAAAAAAUGUCAAAGGACUCAAAAAACUGGGGUUGGAUGAAAAUGAUAUUCAAAAUAAAGGCCUUGCUGAUUUCGCUGGGAAUUUGAAGGAAAUGGAAAAUCUUGAAGUUUUAGGACUUGCUUUUAAUUUCAUUACAAAUGAGAGUCAGAAUGAGAUUAUUGAUGCUUUGAAAGGUAAAAAAAUAACAGUAAAUUUGAGUGGGAAUCAUAUAGAUGAAGAUACUAAAACAAGAUUUAUUAGUGAGCUCCCUGAAGCAACGUUUACGUAUUAG